AUGAACACCACCGAGAACGUUUCAAUCAUCCACCUGGAUGCCCCGAUUCUCCCCGACCAGUCGGACAACAUGACGAUUAUUCGAACGAGGAACGGGUCCAUCAUCGAGGGCCAGAUGUUUUUAAACACCACAAUCGCCCAGGCCCUCACAGGGAUCUUUGUCUGGUCUGCCCUGCUCAUAACAUGCCACCAGAUCUACACACACCUUCGUUCCUACACUGUCCCAAAUGAGCAGCGUUACAUUAUCCGCAUCCUGUUCAUCGUCCCGGUUUAUGCCUUUGAUUCAUGGCUCAGCCUCCUGUUCAUCAGCAACGACCAGUACUACGUGUACUUUGACUCCGUUCGGGACUGCUACGAAGCUUUUGUCAUAUACAACUUCCUGAGCCUGUCCUUUGAGUAUCUUGGAGGAGAGAGUGCAAUCAUGUCAGAGAUUCGAGGGAAACCCAUACAGUCAAGCUGUCUGUACGGAACGUGUUGUCUGGUUGGGAUGAGCUACUCCAUCGGCUUCUUAAGAUUCUGCAAACAGGCAACUCUCCAGUUCUGCGUCGUCAAACCCAUCAUGGCAGUCAUCACCAUCAUCCUGCAGGCCUUUGGCAAAUAUCAUGACGGAGAUUUUAAUGUGAAUGGAGGAUACCUUUACAUCACAAUCAUCUACAACUUCUCCGUCAGCCUGGCCCUCUACGCUCUCUUCCUCUUCUACUURGCCACCAGUGACCUGCUCCGGCCGUACGAACCGGUGCUCAAAUUUCUCACAAUUAAAUCCGUCAUCUUCUUGUCCUUCUGGCAAGGAAUGGUCCUAGCCAUCCUGGAAAGAUGCGGCGUCAUUCCCAAUGCCCUUUUCAUCAACGGACAAGAGGUCGGCGCCGGCACGGUAGCAGCAGGCUGGCAGAACUUCAUCAUCUGCAUCGAAAUGUUCUUUGCUGCCAUCGCCCUCCGAUACGCCUUCACCAGCACCGUCUAUCAGGAGAAGAAAAGUGAUGUGCCAGAAAUUGUCCCCCCAAUGCAGAGCAUCUCCAGUGGUUUGAAGGAAACCAUAAACCCAGGAGACAUGGUGCAGGAUGCUAUCCACAACUUCUCCCCAGCCUAUCAGCAGUACACUCAGCAAUCCACUCAGGAGGUCACCCAGCCCAGCUCCAACGGAAAAGUGGCCACCGGCAACAAGAGCUCUCGCAAGGCUGACAAGAUCAUGCUGAUCACAUCUGAUGAUGAGUUCUAGGCAUUUUUCCAGCAGGAUCCAGGUGUUGGUGCCCCUUCCACCUUUAUCUUCGACCUCGUAGGGAAACAGCUUGCAUAUCUCACAAAGCUGGAUUAAAUCCAGGUGUUUAAUAUUCAUCGUCCCAGUAUUUAAAAUGGACUGCCUGCUUCCGCCCCYUUUCAGUGAUAUUUUAAGCCGAAGAUGCGGAUGAAGUUUGACGGGGUUUCUUUUUUUGUUGUUUAAUUUGUUGCUGAAUUGUCAGAGGGAAGAUCUGUCUCCAUCUUUCUGUGAUAAUCUAGAAAAUGACAUGUCAUCUUCACUUCGUCACUGAAGUCUGGGGUCGCGCGUUCACUUUUUUUAAAAAAAUAAGCUGCCAGGUUUUCAGCUGCGUCCCCGGUGCCGAUGUUUUGUUUUGUCAGGGCGCCACCGCGYCUCUCUGGCUGUCUGAAGUGCGUUUUCUCUGAGUCACGUCAGUUUCAAAGAGGAGAUGAUUAAUGUGCGGCUCCAGGUGGGAGGCAGGGAAGCCAGCGACGGCGGAGAAUGGCACUUCAUGGACCGUUUCUCGCAUCUGCUCGUUUGAAGUAUUUGCUGAGCAUUCCUCUGCAUGGUUUCCUGACAAAUGAAAGGAUUUGUUCAAAGACGCAUUAGUUUUGAAGCAGGCAAUUCAAACUGCAGACUGCACUUCACAAUCCUUUGCAUCCACCUGAACUGGGACAAUUUAGAUAAAACCUGUCUCCUACAGAGUGGGAGUUCGGAUAUUCUCAUUAAUUUUCCCACCAUGCAAAAAAAAAGUUCAUUUAGUCCAACUAAAUGUUUAUUUAACAAAUUCUAACAAUUGUAUUUCUUUUAAAAUAUCCAUUAUGGUGUGUAUUUUUGUAGUUUUAGGUGAUAACUUUGUUUCACCACUACAGGGAUUGUAAAAAUGAUUAGUGUUGUGUGUAAUAAUUUGCAGUUGUUUAAAAUGUUUUUAUUGUGAAUGUAUUUAUUGUGUGAAGUCCAAAAUAUUCAGAAAAUAGAAACUCCAGCAUUACUUUUUUUUUUUUUUUGCUUUUAAAAACAAAAGCAAUCAGGGGCCAGUUUUGUCUAAUAAAUCCAACCUCUUCUUUUAUACACCCUUCUGUGCCAAAACUAGUUGUCUUUCUGGGAAAGCAGGCAGUUGGGUACAAAAAUGUCACAGUAGUUUAUUUUUCUUUUAAUUUUGUUUGGCUUGUAUGCAAAAUAAAAAUUGUAAUACAGUA